AUGACUUCAUACGGCGGGUUCACGAAAACAGCCUAUGGCGCCCAGGGCGGCGACGACGCCGGCGGCUUCGUCUACGGCGGCUCCCAGCAGGGCAGCCAAGGCGGCGGCAAGGCCUACAGCGAGGAAUCCCUCCGUCCCGUCACCAUUAAGCAGAUCAUCGACGCCGACGAGGCUUACCCGGGCGCCGAUUUUAAGAUUGACGGUGCCACCGUCACACAAGUAACCUUUGUAGCCCAGAUCCGCCAGAUCUCCCCGCAACCGACAAAUAUCACCCUCAAGCUCGACGACGGCACCGGCCUCAUCGAGGUUAAGAAGUGGGUCGACACGGACAAGAAGGACGACGCCGACGCCAACCUCGAACUCGACGGCCACGUCCGCGUCUGGGGCCGUCUCAAGUCCUUCAACGGCAAGCGCCACGUCGGCGCCCACUUCAUCCGCCCCGUCACCGACUUCAACGAGGUCAACUACCACCUCCUCGAGGCCACCUACGUCCACCUCUACUUCACCAAGGGCCCGCUGAACGGCGCGGGCGGCGCUGACGGUGCCAACGGUGCUGGUGGUGGUGGUGGUGGCGAUGGCAUGUUUGUCGACGGCGGCGACUCAUACGGCGGUGGUGCCGGUACCGGUGCCGGCGGAAACUCCGCGCAGGCUGGCAAGCUCAGAGGAUGCUCGCCCGCCGCGCAAAAGAUGUUCAACUUCAUCAACAACGCUCCCGGCGGCAACGAGGGCGUCCACCUCAACCAGAUCUCGAGCGGGGCCGGCAUCAGCAUGCGAGACGUGCUGGCGGCGGCGGACGAGCUGCUCGGCCAGGGCCUGAUUUACACGACGAUUGACGACGAGACGUGGGCCAUCCUUGAUUACUAG